GCCGUCCUCAGAGCCAGAGAGGGGACACAGCCGCCCGCCUGUCUCCACCCAAUACCAGACUAUAAGAAACAUUUAGCUACCGGAGGAGAAUUAAGUUAUCAUUCUACCAAACUUCCCUCCAGUGAUGCUUCGGUCUGUGGCAACAAUAUGUCCACUCUACUGCCUCCUCUUUGAAUAUGGUGCUGGGAUGGCGACAGCAGUCAAUGUCAACCUAAACGAUAAUAGCAGUGUAUUGCAUCGAUCUGCCGACAUCAUCGACACAUCUUUCGACACUACCGACACAUCUUCCAACACCACCGACACAUCAUCCGACACUACCGACUCUCUCAAUCCCGGCAACUACUGGCAGGGAAAAACCGAUAUCACGUCUAUAGUAGCGACAAGGUUGAUGUCUGGGACGAAGGCCGGGCAACACCUAGCAGCUCUGGUCGACUUCCUGGUGAAUGGCUCCACGGGCAGGCAACUCUACCUCCUCCAUGAUCAUUCCCUCACUGAUAUGUCGCCGGCGGUGGAGGCGUGCUACAGGCGAUGGGGCGACGUGAUCAUCUUCAAGUUCACAUGGGAGCUGACAGAGGUGGAGGCGGCGCUACGCUCUAACUACCACUUCCAGGAACUCAGGAACAUUCUCGUUAUCUGCUCCGACGUCCACACCACCCAUAUCUUCCAACAGAUCCGGGAGAGGUCGCUAGAGUCAGCCACCCUCUACUGGUACAUCGUGCUGUUUGACGACAUCACUGAGCAGAUACUUGACUCUAUUAGGGAGGGAACGCAGUUCUCACUGGCCGUCAGGAAGGACCAUCGCUACCAGCUGUUCACCUCCUUCGUCGACUCAGACAAUAACAUAGCACUAGAUCACAGAGGCUGGUGGAGCUGGAACGCCGACCAGGGAAAACCCAUUAAAUACCUGAAGAAGCCACUGUACCUCAAUCUCGGCGACGUCUACAGGAACUUCGGCGGGAGGGUGCUGAGGGUGGCGGUGGUGGACAACUGGCCCUACUUCAAGGUGACGAGGAGUGAGGACGGUUCCCUGCAGCCACACUCAGGCGUCGAUUACAAUGUCCUCAACGCACUCGCCAAGAAACUCAACUUCACGUAUGAGCUGGUUGACACCUUAGACGGCCAGUGGGGAGGUGUGAUGGAUAAUGGCACCGUGACGGGAAUGAUUGGAUUAGUGGCCAGACACGAAGCUCACUUGGCUAUUAAUGAAAUCACCAUCUCAGGAACUCGGGAGAAAGUGGUGGAUUUCACAGCUCCGUAUUUCCUCGAGUCCACUACGGUGAUCUCCCAGGCACCGGCCAUGAAGAACAGAGCCUUUGCUGUCUUCUCCCCCUUCACCGUCAGGAUAUGGUUGAUGGUGGUGGCGAUGACGAUGUUGAUGGGCCCUAUACUGAGUGUGGUGGGGCUGGUGAGGGCGCGCUACCUACAAGAGGGGGUUCGGUACUCCCUCCUGACCUACGCCUUCAAUGUGUUCCGCAGCCUCGUCGUGCAGAAUAACCUUAUCUCCUCACAGCACUGGGAACAACGCAUCAUUUUCUUCGCCUGGUACUUCUUCUGCUUCACAAUCUACGCCAUGUACUCCGGAACACUGACCGCUGUGCUGGCCAUCCCUGCCUACGAACGGCCCAUAGACUCUCUCCCCGACCUGGUACACGCUGCCAAACACAAGGGUUAUAAACCGGUCGUUGUUUAUGGCACCGUAAACGAGUUUUUGCUCAAGGAAGCCGAAGACGGUAUCUACAAGGAAGUGUGGGAUGUGUUCGACCCCAGCGAGGGUUACGUCAACACCUACACUGAUGGCACGAACAAGGUCCUGACGGGGAAGUUUGUAUUCAUAAACGCUCGGCUGGGAGCCGAGAUCCGGGCGAUUGCAAAAGGACGACACAGGUUCUAUUUAGGCAAGUCCUCCUUCUACCCCCAAGGUUACGGCAUCGCCUGCACCAGCGGCUCUCCCUUCAAGAACGUCAUCGAGCAGAUACUGACUCACUUGGGGUCAGCGGGUCUGGUUCAGAAGUGGAUCAGAGAUGAGAUGGAGAAGGAGAGCAACCACGAUGACGGCGCCAACAAAGGUCCUGGGGCCAUCAGCUUUGUACAUUUACAGGCAGCCUUCUUCCUGCUGGGGAUGGGCUCUUUCGUCGGUGGCCUCACCCUCCUGAUGGAGAGGUUUGUGUAUUCCCGCCAGGCCACCUUUGUCACAGUCUAUGGUCACACAAAAGCCGCCACCAACAGCAAAGUGGCGGAGAUGACAAGAAUUCACGGCGACAAUCUUGGGGAGGACCCGCCUGGACCUCAAGUUUACAGGGAGAUCGACAAAGACGAGAGACCUUAUACGAGCUCCAUGGACUUUAUGAGAGUCCAAGUUUCACCAGAACCUGAGAGAAAGAGUUCUGCAGGAGACACGACGGAUUCUGAACAUAAAUGAUAGCCUCAACAGAAACUAAAAUGCACCCCAACAGAACUGACAGAACUGUAGUAACCGAACUGCAAAUAUAUAAAAAACACCAAGAAAUACUGUACAGCAUCAUAGGGGACUCGUUCUAGCGGGUCCGAGUCUCAGGCGUUUCUAAGGGAACUUAUAUUGCAUGACUACACACACACACACACUGAAGAAAUAUCACUCCUUUGUUGAGUUGUUCUCUCGUGUAGAUGGUAAGACAUAGUGAUGGUUGAGGCACCGACAUAUACUGAAACAAUAAUAUUGUACACAGGACACCCCAGCAUGUCACCUGAUGAUUAAACACCCUAACGCUAACCUAACCUAACAAAACGACCUAACAACCUAACCUAAACUAA